UUUUCUGACUUCUGAUCUGAGGAUAAAUGUUUAUUCCUGCCAAUUUGUCAAAAACUCCUUAUUAUUUGGCUUUUUCGUAAAUACUGUGAUUAUUCUAAAUAAUCACAGUAGGUAAAAUUUAUAUUACCACCUUAGACUCAAAAUUUAAGUAUUUAUAUUAGAAAAUAAACUUUUCAACAUCAUGGGGCAAAUUAUGGGAACUUUUAAUACCCGACAUCUAGACUUACAUAUGGAUGAUAAACCGACUUUUAACCCUCAGGAUGGAUUUUCAUACGAAAGAAAACAGCGAGAGAUGGUAGCCAAAGAAGAAGAUUUAAUUUCUGCGAAAAUUCCUCCAAAGUAUCGUGACUAUUGCUCCCAUUACUUGCUGGAAUAUCAAGUAUGCCGAUAUAAAAAUAUGCCACUGGUUUACAAAUGUGCUCAUGAGAAACACGAUUAUUUAAAUUGUGAACACGAAGAUUAUAUUCUGCGGAUGAAGGAAUUUGAGCGGGAACGCCGUCUACGUGUUCGUGAAAAUCGCCUUGUAGGAGUUGCUUAAUUUAUUAAAACCAAAUGUAAAUAAAGAAAUAGAUUGAUUCAGUAAUGAA